AUGAAAUACGCAAUUCGGCACAAAACGACAUAUUCUGCGUUAAGUGAUCUGUUAGGUUUAGUCGCGCUUCACCUACCAAAUAACAGCAAAAAAGACCACCUGAAGUCAUUGUAUUUUUUGAAAAAAGCAUUUUCUUCAAAACUGCACAAAGAUGAGAUGGUUACGGUAAAUGAAUAUUGUCCAGAUUGUUCAAGUCCGUUUGAUGAUGACACGAAAAACGCCUGCGAGUGUUGCGGGAGAGCCAAAAGCAAACAGGACAAAAAUUACUUUUUAACGUUGGAUAUUGGAGAACAAAUACAGAACAUGUUUGCAGGUAAGCUUUUAUUGUGAACUCUAGAUGUAAUUUAUUUCUGUUUCAUGCUAUUAAUUGUGCCACGGGAUUGUGCAUAAGCACAAUAUAACUUUUCACUGAUUGGCAGUGGACCUAUUCUUUGCACUGGACUGACUAAGUGAGGGCAGGAAUUUAAUUAAUCUAGGGGACUGAGGCAGGUUUUAUUUUAAGUUUUUAUAUAAAAUGGCGAUUAGAACAUUGAUAUUUUAUCAAAUAUUUUAUAAACUUUCACAAGCAUUUUAAAACUGAAUACGAAAAACAGAAAAAUCAUAUAAAGAAAGGAUACAAAGUCAAAAAAAAGUUCCUUGGAGGAGUAUCCUUUAAUCAUAGACAUAGACCUUUUAGUUUUAUAUAUAUACAUAUAUAUAUAGAAAUAGUUCAAAACAUACCGAUAACCGAUUGUGAAAUCAAAUUAAAUAAUUUUUUUAGUUUAAUUAACAUAGCUUAAGAUUGAUAGAAAUGGAUUCAAGUACCAUUUUAUGUGCUGAUCAGUUCAUAUUUAAGGCAGAUAAUAUAAUUAAUUUAUAAUUAAGUCAGCCUCAGGCCCUGCACAUGCCUGAAACCUGGCGAAUUGCUUUAAAAUAAUAUAAUUUUUCUCAACACAUUCAGUCAUGAGGGAAUGAGGAUUUAAAGUUUUUAAAAUAAAUUAAUUAACUUAGAAUUUAAACAUACACAGGUCUAAUUUAUAAUUAUAAUAUCAAUUAAGUUGUGGGUUUCGGUGAACAACUGAACAUGGUUUAUGUAUUAUUGUAUGUAUUAAAGUAUUUUAGUAUAAUUACAUAGGUGAUUAUUGAAAAUUCUCCACGCUGAUUGGUUACCGUUGAGGUGAUUAUUACGCGAUAAUCACCUAAGCGAUUUUAAAAAUGGCGGCCGAAGCCAUUUUGUCAAUUAAAAGACGAAGAAAUGUGCAUUUUUUUAUUCCAAAUAAUCGCCUAUGAAAUUAUACUAAAACAAUUAUUCACCUCAGGCUCGGUGAUUAUCGUGAAUAAAAACCUCGACUUCGUCUCGGUUUUUAUUCACCGAUAAUCACCUCGCCUUCGGUGAAUAAUUGUUAAAUAUUCUUUUUACUGUUCUGAAAAUGCACACAAGGCCAUCACAUUUAAUAUCCACACGCCCCUGUGGACUAAUUCACUCACAGAUUUUAGACUUCUUCAGAAACAGUGAUACCAAAGCCUUUAGGAAAUUCUCUAUAACACCUUCAGAAAUUCUUCUUAUCCCUCCUGGAAUCUUGCCAUUUUCCCCCUUGAUUCCUUUCGAAACUACAUGAACCAUUAUUCGGUCAUUCCUGCAAAGAUCCACACUCCCCCCACAGAGAAAAUUUCUGCCGUCUGGAGAGGGAGGGGAGACAAAAUUGUUUCUGAUAACAGUAAAUGUAUUAGGAUAUCCAAAGGGGGUAGGGGGGUUAACUUCCAAUAUCCUCCUGUGGGGGUGGUAUGGAUGUUUUCUGGAAUGAACCAUUGACCCCAUACAGUAUUACGUCUAAAGAAAUUUUCAGUAAUUUUGUUACAACCACCUCGGAUAUUGCGAUUUUCAAGAUCCCUUUGAGAAACGUGGAUUUUUUUACUCCCUUGGAAAAUUUUGUCCACAUGCAGAGGAGUGUAAUAAUUAGCUAUUAAAUGGAAUGGCCCACAUAAUAAUAUACUUUUGGCCCUACUGUGAGUACAUAUAAAGUAAUUUCUUCUAAAUUAUUAACCAUAAUUAAUAAUAUAUUAUGAUACUGUAUUAUAAUUAUUAAUUUAAAACCUGUAAACCUUCUUUCUUAAUAGAGAGUGACUUUGUCAAGGAAAUUGAAUAUGGUUUUGAAGAAAGAGAACGUGUUCAGCAGCAGUUGAAUUCAGAUCCAGCAACAGAGAGAGAAUGGCAUGAUAUUAUGGAUGGUGACCUCUACAGAAACCUGCUUAAACCAUUUGGAUUCCUUGACAAGAGACACAACCUUUCGAUUAUGUUUAAUACUGAUGGAGUUCAUGUCUUCAAGGCUUCGCGUGAUGAAAUAUGGCCAUCAUUGGUAGUAAUCAAUGAACUUCAUCCAUCUGUUAGGUAAUUUACCCAUUACUGUACUUAUACAAACUGUCAAGCACAAGUAUUUAUUUUACAAAUAAUCCAUCCUAGUACUUAUAGCGACUUAAUCAGUUACGGUAUACUUUCUAGCAUAUGAAGGGUCUAAUUGCUCAACACAUUGAAGUUUCAUGUUUAUUUUUAGUUUUGUAUGUCCUACAGGCAAUAUUGUACAAUGUCAGUUGUUACAUUUCUUGGCCCAAGGAGAUACUAAUUGACCUGCAGGAUUUAAUUUAACCUUACGAUAAAGGUGAAAAUGGGUGGAGUCCGAGAAGUGCUGGCGAAAAAAGGCCUGAGGAAAAACUAGUCUAAACAAUGUGCUGCUCACUUAGCUAAUUGUUAUUUUUAAACUUAACAUUUGUAGGCUAUCAAUAACUAUAUGAUAAACACUAGGAAUUGACAAAUUGACCUUGUUAAUUUUGUCACUUUGGCCAAUAUAUUCAGCAACCAAUCAAAAGAAUUGCCACUAAAAUAUGAUAGCCAAUCAUAGCAGUCCGGCCGAAAUCUGGAUGGUCACCACAAAAUGCCACAUUGUUUAGACUAGUUUUUCCUCGAUCAGGCCUUUAUUUUCUCACCUUUUUUCCGCAUGUCUCUCCUCUGCCCAAUUUUCACCUUUUAGUGUUAUUAAGGUUGAAAACAAUAAAGGCUUCAGACAUUAAGGUUUAAAUUAAGUUCUAAUCUAAUUUGCCAAUCACAUUUAAUCCAUUCCAUGCUAAUAAGUUAUAAUUGAAACCUUGAAAUUUAGAUGCUCAUUGCAAACAUUUGAACUAGCUUUCUCAAUAAAUUAACAUUAAAUUUAUCUGUAAUUUACCCUUAUAAAUGUAAACAAUAGUUUAAUCUCCUCUGGCCAAGAAAUUUGUUUAACCCAUUGAGUUGUUAGGCACAUGCAUUAAUUCUCCCGCUGACAAAUAAAAUCAUCUGGCUUUAGACAGCGCUAGAGUAAAAUAAUCUGGUGUUAGACAGUCAGUAUAAAGUAGGGUGCACCAGUUGUCACAUGUUUCCACUUAGAGUGUUAAUUUAAAGAACACUGAUAACUGACAAAAUGUAUUAGUUCAGUAAUUCAAAUGUAAUAAUAUAAUGUAUUUUUAUGCAAUUCACAGGCUUAGCACCAAGAGGAUGGUACUUGCAGGUAUUUGGUUUGGACCAAAAAAAACCUCAAUGCCAACUUUUCUACAAUCCGGGCCAAAACUCAUAUGGACACUUAAUCCACUUUUGCAAAAAUCAUAACAAACACCUAAAACUUGAAUUUACUUGCACAUCCCCCACUCCCCCUCUUCAAUGUUGCAUAUCCGACUUAGCCACACUUCGUAUUUGAUGAAAAAUCCCAUUCAACAUUGGCUUGGGGGAGCGGGGGGAUAAUUAUUUAGAAAAACACCAUUUGAGGCCAAAUUCUGUGGGUUGUCCACAACGUUUUGUCCAGGAUUGUCUGAAAAAUGAUGGGCAUGGAGAAGCGCUGUUUUAUCACUUGUUAUUUAACAUUUGACAUGUCUGAUGAGACUAUAACGCAUACCUAUGUAUUCUACGUUUUUGUUAUACAGUUUGAUCGCUAAUGACGUCACUAUUAGCAAUUACGUCACUUCCGGAUGUUGUAAAUAUAAGCUAAUUUGUGGGAAGCGUGCGUAAAACCAACUAUACUGAAUAGGUGCGAGCAUAACUUUUUCUCAAUCUUAUACAUGAAAGGUACACCGACUUUACUGUUCAGAUACAUAGCCAAGGAGCGCAUUUAGGCUUUAACAGGAGAGAAAUUGACAGUACAGAAAAUUUUCAGUGUCAUAUUUACGGAGAUUCAGUACGAUUCCAGAACGUCUCAAGACUCAAGCUAUGUAGCAAUUACCUUAUUCCAUGGAAUAAAUUAUUGUAUUUUUGCAUAUUUACUGAUUUUAACGACCCUUGUAGUUUUGAACAGCCUAUAUUUUUAUACACAGCCCUAAUAUAUUACUCGCCAAUGACAAGAACCAUGCAAUAUGAAACUGGAAAAGCUUCAGUACUCAAAAUGAAAUAUAUCAUGUUAACCUUUUUCGCCAUUUGAAAGGCAAUAUAAUUUGACAUUGAGGAUUCUUAAUAUUUCCAAAGAUAAGUGUCUAUCAUAAACUUGUAUGCGAACUCGAUCCAACUACAGCCAUUAAAUACAUACAAUACUUGUAAAUAUUAUAUUACAAUUGGCGUUUGUCAAAUAAUGAAAUAUUGCCUUACACUUUUCAAUACUGUGCGCCGACUAGCACGCCAGCACGGUCUACAGUAACUUCGGACUUGAAUUAUACACAAUUGCUGCAUUGAAAUGUAACGAUUUCUUCUUUGGGAACUACCUAUACAUAUUAUACUUGUUUUUAAAAUGUUUUCGUAAUUUACACAGUAGAGAAAUAAAAAGUUACCACGGUCUACAUAUUAAAAGUAGCUCUUUGAAUAUAAUAGAUCAUAGCUCAUUAGUAUUCAUGAAAAUACGAUUUUUGUGUGUAGACCGUGGCGAUUUUUAAGGCAUAGCUGAUUUUAUAUGUUUUGCUGCAUACUGGUGCAAAACGUAAUUGGACAAGCCUUUUAAUCUAUAUUUUAAUCGAUUGCGCACUUAUAUACUUCUAAAAUCACUCCAAAAAAAGGUGUAGACCGUGUUUCGAGCGUUGAAUAUUAUGUUACACAUUACGUCACUCGAUCGGAAAGUAUAACAUAUCAACUUAACAAUUAUAGCAAAGCCCUGUAACUUAAUAUAUAAUUCAGAUGUUUAGUUCCUGCCUUAAAUCAUGUAUAGUUUUCUGUCAAGCAUUGUAUUCAGCAAGUUUCAGAUGCACCUUGAAAUUGCACUGUCAGAAGGAAGCUGUAAUAUAUGGUUAAAACAGACAAACGUACUAGCAUAUAUCGUAGGCAGCAAGACUUGCAGUUAACGAAUUAUAAUACUUGUAUGAAAGUUGCCAUUUAGUUGUAUAAAUUUGAUUCUCAAGCACUUCAAGAAUGCAUAAACAAACUUGGAACUAUAUAUAUUCCUGUCAUUCUCGUCACAUAAUUAUUCCUAAAAAUUAGGCUCGUGGGCGCAUUUUUUGGUUAGGAAAUCUGUUCCUUACCGGAUAAUUUUUUUUCAAAAGAUGAACAGAAAUGGAUUAUUUAGAUGCAAACAAGCGCAAUUUUACUUACAAAGCAUAUUUUUUUCCGUUUGGUGUCAUAUUAGAUACAAAAACCGUCUAUUAUUUUCUAUAGUGAUUUUCAGACAAUCCGGGCCAAAACUCAUGUGGACACUUAAUCCACUUUUGCAAAAAUCAUAACAAACACCUAAAACUUGAAUUUACUUGCACAUCUCCCACUCCCCCUCUUCAAUGUUGCAUAUCCGACUUAGCCACACUUCGUAUUUGAUGAAAAAUCCCAUUCAACAUUGGCUUGGGGGAGCGGGGGGAUAAUUAUUUAGAAAAACACCAUUUGAGGCCAAAUUCUGUGGGUUGUCCACAAACAACGUUUUGUCCAGGAUUGUAGCUCCAUUCCGAUCCCAAGUUAAUAAUCUUAAACUGAAUGGUAAGUAAUGUAUGUUAUUACCUGUAUAUUAAUGCUGUGUGGGCUCAGCUGAGAGGGGGAGGUGGCAGCAGGGGUCAUUUUCUCCUGGGCCCUCAACUCAACACUCUUUACCCUGACGAUUAGUCUGAAAGCUUGAUCAAUUAUAUUCUUUUUUAUUCUUUAUAAUUUGACUUUUAAUUAAUAACGAAGUUUAAUAAACCAAUAUUUUCUACUUUAUUACUGUAAUUACCUCCGACGACAAGCCCCCCUCUCCGCGAAUAUAAGCUAGCCCACCCGAAUAUUAAGCCCCCCCCCCCAAAUAUACAGUAAGCCCCCCAAAUAUAAGCCCAGUAGCCCAAUACGUUAUUCAACAUUGACAUUGUCUUUUAAAGCAGAGAACGAUAUUUAAAAACAUUGUCAUUGUCUUGAUAGCCAAGGUCUAUGUGAAUCAAAGCGUAUUAUUAUUAAAUAACACAUGUUUAUUUUCCUGUUUAUGACUAACUUGUUUAUGCAUGUCCAACUUGUUUAUUACUAACACAAAAAAUCAUCCAUGCAUUAUUCCCCCCCCCCCCGUAUAUAAGCCCCCCUUAUACUCAGGGGGAAACUGUAUUUGGUGUUUAAUUAAUACAUUUUACUUGUAGGUGUACCUGUGUCUUCAAAUGGUGAAAGCUUUGUAUGCCGUUUAGUUUGCUUGUUGGGAACUGCAGAUUUACCAGGCAAAUCCGCAUUGCAAGGUUUUUCGCAAUUUAAUGGAAAGAAUGGUUGUUCGUUCUGUGAAUGUGAGGGUGAAGUAGUAGCUGUUGGUCGUGGGCAUAGUCGAACUUACCCAUAUGUUCCAGGUCUAAACAACUUGCGUACAAAAGAAACAACACUUCAGGACGGAGAACAAGCUCAGCAACUAGGUUCUCCAGUAAGUAUAGUUUGAAAAAGGAAAUUCUCUCUUUAUUUCCUUUUACAAGGCUAAUUAUGCACAUUUCCUGCAGGUUAUUGCUUGUACGGCUGUAGCCAAAUUAUUUCAAUCAACUGACACUACUAAUUAUCACUUCAGUACUAGGAAUGAAAGAAGAAUAGAACCAAUUACAGUAUUAGGCCCCAGUGGGCCGAAUACUGUAAUUGGUUCUUAAUUCUUCUUUCAUUCCUUAGGAACUGAAGUGAUGAAAUCAACCUGGAAUGAAAAUUGAAAUUGUCAACAUGUUUACACGAGAUUGGUACGAAAAUCACAAAAUUUUCAAUUUAUUCCCCUUGCCAGGCAAUUUUCUUUUUUAGAUGGCUUAAUUUGUUAACAUGUGUUGUUCCAAUGUUAAGGUUUAACAGCCGAGACUGGUCUGAAAUGUAUUUGUAUUUACAUUCAAUAUUCCAGUAUGAAUUCAUGCUGGUCUGAAGUUAACCUUCGAACAGGUUCCCUUUGCAGGCUAAUCUGAUGUCAGUCAGGCGUCGGCUCAGUCCAGGAGGCAUUCCGACUUGAGAUCCGAUGAGUUAUUUUCGUCCCAGUCUCAUGUAAACAUCUAUUAUAAAUAAUACUAUGACGAGUUUUGACUUUGUUCCGGUCUCAUGCAAACAGGGCCCUACUCCUAUUCUAUUGGACUUAAGUGUCGGCCCAUUGAGCACUAGCUAGCAUUCUCCCCUCGACGAGCAAAAUCGUCUGAUGUUGGACAAAGUAAAAUAUAAAAAUUAAGUGGGGCACAUCAUUACAUUGAUUUUAAAUUGUUCUUUAACUCAAUACGGUGAAGAAAUUGAAUUGAUUUUACUAUUUCCUGGCUUGUUUUACAAAUUAUUACAUAUUAUACAUAGUCGUACAGUCUAUAUGGCUGAAAAAUCAACCAAAAUGGCGUCGAUAGCAAUUAACUACUGAUACUGAGUAUUGUACUUUUUUCCAUGUAGGUUUGCGGAGUCAAAAUGGUGUCACAACUAUGUUUAGUUGAAGGUUUUGACAUCAUCCGUGGUAUGCCGGUCGAUUACAUGCAUGGUGUAUUGCUGGGAGUGGUCAAGAAGCUAUUCUCCUUUUGGUUUGAACGAAAACACAAAAAUGAAAAGUACUAUAUAGGUACUGUAAAUAAUCUAAUUACUGUACUGGGUGUUAAUUAAUUAUCAGCCAUCGUACAGCAGUGGAACAGUUGAUUCCUAGUCGAAAGAAAUUUUGCAAAUUUGGUCAUUUUGCCGAAGGACAUUAAUAGCAGAAUGGACAAUUUAAUGAAUAGACUUUUCCCAGAACAGGCAUCUAGUCUUUGAAGUGACAACUUGCUGGAUGUUAUUUUCACAAAAUAAUUCUUCCACAUUGUUUUCCAUUAACCCAUUGAGUGCCACCGCUGUCCCCUUGAUGAGUAAAAUAGUAGGGGGCAUUUUUGCGAAGUGGGCUGUAACCGUACAAUGCAACUUUAUAAAAUUUGGUUAAGUUUGUUAACUCAGUUCUCAGCUCCCAGAGAAGAAAUCAACUCUUUCUGACCUGAAUUCACAUGUCCACCGGACAUUAGCAACAAUUUUCCACAUGGAUAAUGUGUGGGUGUAGUGAAUGACCCAUUUGGCUAAAUGUCCAUUCUGCAAAAUGUCUAGGUACCUGUGAAAACUCUUCCAAUGUACUGACCAUAAUUUAGAUUGCGAGCGGUCCCUCCUUUCCAUGGGUUUGACUUCACGGGCGUGCGAGACUGCCGACAACACAUCAAGAAACGAAGUAAUCCCCCUUGUGUGGGCAACGCAUGUUUCUGCGGCACUGCUCGCGGUCUAAUCAUAAUUGUAUGUGCAUAUAUAGGGUAAAUAACUAGCAACUCUUUACUCAUAGUGCAGUAAUAUACUAAUAUUUAACAAUUAUUCGCCGAAGGCGAGGUGAUUAUCGGGGAAUAUUCACCGAGACGAAGUCGAGGUGAAUAUUUCCCGAUAAUCACCGAGCCUGACGCGAAUAAUUGUUUUAGUAUUUUUGUGUUUUUUGGCACUGAAUUUAUCUUAAUUUCGCUUAUUUCUUUAUCAGUAUAACGUCCACAAAACGGCUUGGCCGCCAUUUUGAAAAUUUCGAUUUUGUUAUAUUCACCUGUAGGUGAAUAUAACAGCUUAAUACGUCAAAUUUGACCAAUCAGCUUGUAGGAUUUGUUAUGUUCACUUGUGCAAAAAUACUAAUAGUACUUAUUAUACACUCACGCGCACCUAACCAAUCAGUAAUCGUUGAGAGGGUCACGUGCCGAUCCAAUAUUUUACAAUAUUGGACAGGAACCUAUUGGACUUUUGAGAAUCGUGACUUUUUUUAUGGUUUUUCAACCCUUUUCAGAUGUUUUGUUUGAAACAGCCUCGAGCUUUAAUAGUAAUUUUUUUUCGUUAAAAUUGGGUCAAACUUCCUUUAAACAUGCAUGGAAUUGAGAUUAUUUAUAUACACACAUACUUGUAAAAACAAGUUUAUUAACUUUUUGUUUAGUUAUUUAAAAAUUUGCCACUGAUAUAUGUAACAGUGUUGUCGUUGACGUUGUAUUUAAUAUUCUGGCUGUAUUAUUUUAUCGCUUAUUGACAUUUUUUUGUUAUAGAAUUGUUUUGUUCUAUAUAAUAAAACUCUUAUUGGAUUCAUCUUCGUCCAAUAUGGCGAAAUAUUAAGUCUCGACAUCAAUAUUAGGCUCGACCUUUGGUCUCGUCCAAUAUUGAAAUCUCGACUUGAUAUUUUGCCAUAUUGGGCUCAGAAGAAUCCAAUAAGAUAUAAUAUGUAAAUUAAUUGUAUACAGCACUCUGAUCAUGACAAUUUUUUUUAGGAAAUGACAUGCCAACUUUGGAUACACGCCUGGCAAACUGUAAGCCACCAGACUUUAUAUCCAGAUUACCGAGAAGCCUAGUAAAAGACCGAAAAUAUUGGAAAGGUUUGUUCAUUUAUUAAUGUAUAUAAUGACGUUAUUCUGAAAGACAGACAACACUUAUGAGCAAUGAAAAACAAGGCAUAGUGCCUUGUUUUUCAUUGCUUAAUACUAUGAAUGUUGAAUGGGUACUGUAAGUGUAAUUUUUUUUGUUAAUCAAUUUUAAAAUUUUUCUAUUGUAGCAUCUGAACUUCGUGCAUGGCUGUUGUAUUACUCCCUUCCUGUGCUUAAAGGAAUUCUGCCAGAUGAUUACUACUGCCAUAUAAGAUCAAAUUAAUGCAAGAAAAUGAACAGUAACUGAAGUACCACAGACGUUUUAGACGUCGCCGUUGCUGUUUUACAACGGCGCCGUUGCUGUUUUACAACGGCGAAAUACAGAUUAUCACGUCUUGUGUACAACGCAUACAUUUCAAGCGUCUGCACCGCAGGCUAUCAAACCCUGUGUUAACAUUGCUCUUUAAACUGUAUUAUUUUUCAUACGAUUAUAAUUCUCUCAACGACGUCAUGACCGGUAACUUUGCAAACCUAAGUAUAUAUCCAUGAAGAUAAAGAUUUAUGCAUGAUUAAAAAGGUUAAUUUAUAAUUUAUUUGUAGGUAAAAGUGCAGCUACUAUUAAUGUCCACAAUACGUGCAAGCACAUUACGUCUAGUGUUGUACAAGCAGGACCAUUAUGGGUUUUUUCGUGUUUUGGUACGGAGGGGUGGAAUGGGACAAUGAGGAGCCUGAUCCAUGGGACUCAUCAUGUUGCAAUUCAGGUAAUUUGUAAAACUGGCAAAUUUACAUGACUUGAUUGUACAAAAUUAGCUUGGCCACGGUGGGAAUCGAACCCGCGACCUUUGGGAUACUAUUUCCAUGCUUUGCCAACUGUACGUGGUCAAGUCGGUUCGAAAAACUAGUUUCAUAUUAAUCUGACACUGCAAUCGAGCAACGAAAAAUUCAUUGACUCGAGCGGGAUUUGAACUCGCAUCUUCGGGUAUCUAGACCGCCGCUUUACCUAUUGAGCUAUCGAGUCAACGAAAAUUUUUUCGCAACAUUUUUUCGUAUCUCUGAGGAUAAGAUAGAGGUUAAGUUGUGACGAAAAUAUUUCGUGCACUUAAAUUGGAUAAGACUCGAUACCAAUCCCUGUUGACUCGAUAGCUCAAUAGGUAGAGCGGCGGUCUUACGGGUCUAGAUACCCGAAGAUGGGAGUUCAAAUCCCGCUCGAACCAACGAAUUUUUCGUUGGUCGAUUGCAGUGUCAGAUUAAUAUGAAACUAGUUUUUCGUAUCUCUGAUGAUGGUUCUGAAAGUCGGUUCGAGUUGAUCAUAUUUCGGAACUGAGUCUAGUUCCUUUGAUAUCAGUGUAUUCUAUGAUACGAUUAUUUUGUGUGUGUUGGUGUUAUGUACUCAUGCAGGUGUAAUAUAUGAUGUUUGUGAUGUUACUUUGAGUGUGCACCCGCACCGGGCAAGCUGAAGAGUUUGCUUGGCCACGUUGGGAAUUGAACCAGCUUGCCCCGUGCGGAUGCACACUGAGAGUAACAUCACAAACAUUACAUGUACAAAGGUGAAUAAAGUUUUUAUCGGCUAACCAAUUGUAGUUAUUAAAUUAUAACAUGGUUUCCUUUAUGUUUUUGACUUUGUUCAUGACAAUUAGGGUAAUUAUUUCUUUUGUACAGCGCAUUACACCCUGAUGCACCCUACUUUAUUAUUUUACUCUGUCUAACGCCAAUCGAUUUUACUUUUCGAGGUAUAAUUUUUAUCGGCUAAAGUUGUGUUAGAAGUAUAAUAAAAUUAUAUUUUUACAUGUAAAAUAAGGACAAGAAGUAAAUACAUUAUUUUACAAUAAAAAAUGUAACAGUUUAUCUUUAACAGAGCAUCGUUUUCAAUUGUUUUAUUAGGUUGUUGCUGCUGUUAAAGCUUUAAGGAUGAUAUCGAUCCAGGAGCAGAAUUUAAAAGAAACCACAUCAGACGCGACAGUUUCUUAUGUUCAGCAGCUCAAUGGACGGAAGAGGUACUGCUCGCAGAUAUUUCAAAAGCAGUUUGUUGAAAUUAUUGUAUGUAAUGCAAUGAUAUUUGAACGUACAGUAGCCUGCAAUUAUCGUUAAUUUGAAUUUGAAAGGAUAUACUUUAUACACACUGUAUAUUGGUUAAUGUAACACUGUAUAUUCAUGUCAUUCACAUAAUAGUCGUACAAUCAGCAUAUUAUACACUGGUGAGUUUGUAGUUAGUACUUGUAUUGUAUGAUUGUCAAAUACAAAACAUAACAUGUCACAAAGAUCGUCUCCCAAGUUCAUCUCUUUCCUCAACUUUGCAGAAAUGUUGUUAAGUUAUUCCCUGGUUGUUACUCCGUUGGCUCUGUGGUAAAAGCUGAUCUUAGUGAAGAGCAAUUGGCUGCAUUAAAUCACCUCCUUCCUGGUGCAGCAGUCAAUGUAGCUGAUUCCUGGUCGUUUAACAGGAUUAUAUAUGGUGAACAGAUCUUCUAUAGCCAGAACCACAGUAGAGUGAAGAAACACAAUAGCUAUACCGUUGUCUAUACAGCUCCAGAUAGAAAAGAAGCUUAUGGGUUUAUCAUAUACUUUCUUAAAGUUAUUUUGGCAAACCAGGAGGAGCAACCCUAUUAUCUGGCUGCUAUUAAGAACUUGCAGCUGUACGAAGAAGAGGAAAUAUUAGCAGAUAUUACAAUAUCCACAAACAAUCAUGAACUUGGUGGACACUUGAAACCUUGCAAAUAUGACAGGUAA